AGAAGAAACGAACGACCCCGAGAAAGAGAAAGAAGAGUAGUGAGCCGGGGAGAGGUGGAGCUGCUGAUACUCAACAGCGCCGUUUACACAAACCCAAACAACUCGUCGCGUGUCUCUUCAUACAUACACACGUGACUCACCCAAUUAUCCAUUCUAACCAAUGGAAUCAUUCAUUAUUCGAUGUUAUGAAUCUUAAGAUAUCACUAUAAUUAUAACCGCGUUACUCUUAUUAAUUCUCCGAUUCAUUCAAUUAAUUAUUCUUCAUUAUCCUCUCUCUCUCUCUGCAAUUCGCAUUCUCAACAAGAAAUCAAUGGAAGGUCAUGAAAUGGAUCUCGUUCAUUCACAAAACCAGAAUGCUGCUGAUCAAGAAAUGCUUGAUGCUACUGCUGAUGACACAAAAGUCAAUUCUACCCUCACUCCUCAACUUGAACAUCAACAACCAAAACCUAAAGUUAAGAACGUUACAGAAGUCAAUAACAAUAAUAAUAACAAUGCUGGCGAGAUGGCUGCUUAUGAUGAAGCCGGUACGCCUAUGGAGCGAGAAGCCUUUAUGAAAGAGCUCGAGCAUUUCUACAGAUCGAGGUCCUUGGAAUUUAAGCCUCCUAAGUUUUAUCAAGUGCCGUUGAAUUGCCUCAAGUUAUGGAGAGCUGUUAUCAGACUAGGUGGCUAUGAAGUGGUAACUGCAUCGAAGUUGUGGCGUUCAGUAGGAGAGUCUUUCCACCCUCCUAAGACUUGCACUACAGUCUCAUGGACGUUUAGAAUCUUUUAUGAGAAGGCACUUUUAGAGUAUGAAAAGCAUAAGAGAGAGAUUGGGGAGCUACAGCUCCCUGUCGGAUCACUCCAUCAACCUUCGAGUGUGGAAAAAGAGACCGCUGUUUAUCAGGCUCCAGGCUCAGGUAGGGCGCGGAGGGAUGCGGCAGCACGUGCAAUGCAAGGUUGGCAUGCUCAGCGCCUUAUGGGAUACGGCGAGGUUCCUGAGUCAGCUGUUAAGGACAAGAACUUCAGUCCCACACCAAAACGUGAAAAGAACCUAAAAAAUAUCGGUGUGAUCAACAAACAGAGAACACCGUCUGGUAUGGAUGACAGAGCUGCAAAUAUAGAAGGAGACAGGCAAUUGGUCACAGCAGUGGUGGACAUUGGACCCCCAGCUGAUUGGGUGAAGAUCAAUGUGCGGGAAACGAAGGAUUGUUUUGAAGUGUAUGCUCUAGUUCCUGGGCUCCUUCGUGAAGAGGUACGGGUCCAAUCCGAUCCAGUUGGACGACUUGUUAUAACUGGUAUGCCAGAAAAUGCUGACAAUCCAUGGGGUAUUACCCCCUUCAAAAAGGUUGUGAACUUACCUGCGAGAAUUGAUCCGCUCCAGACAUCUGCUGUUGUUAGUUUGCAUGGUCGACUAUUUGUACGCGUUCCUUUCGAGCAGGGAGCUGUGUGAAUUUUCCUCCCCGGAAAAUGAUUGGUUUCUCGCAUAUUCUCAAAAGGAGUAAAAAAAAUUAUAAACAGUGAAAGCAUGGUUAUGCUAGGAACUAGUCUAGCCCUGUUGGUUUAGUUAAAACUAUUGACCAACUUUACUAUCAAAAUGAUUUAUUCUCUAGGUAAAAUACCCAAAUGCACUGGUGCAAUAUGCUUGAUUUUCAUGUGUUAAGAUCCAUUUCACCUUUAUAGAAGAACAAAACGAAUUUUUUUUUUU